UCUCCCACCAUCGCCUCGGUCCCCGCCUUUGCCUUUUCUCUCCCUUGUCCACCUUUUUCCUCUCCCUCUGGUUGGAGUCCAACCUCUUUCCUUCUCUUUCUCGCUGGCCCUUCCCCAGCGCGCAACAUGGCUCGAGGAUUGAAGAAGCACUUGAAGAGGCUCAAUGCGCCACGCCACUGGAUGCUUGACAAGCUCGGGGGAGCCUUCGCCCCGAAGCCGUCCCCCGGGCCGCACAAGGAGCGCGAGUGCCUGCCGCUGGCGGUGAUUCUGCGCAACCGGCUCAAGUACGCGCUGACGUACCGCGAGGUGAACGCCAUCGUCAUGCAGCGCCUCAUCGCCGUCGACGCCAAGAUCCGCACCGACAAAACCUUCCCCGCCGGCUUCAUGGACGUGAUAUCGAUCGCGAAGACGGACGAGAACUUCCGUCUGCUGUACGACACCAAGGGCCGCUUCACGCUGCACCGCAUCACGCCCGACGAGGCCAAGUACAAGCUGUGCCGCGUGCGCGCGCAGCGCGUGGGCGAUCGCGGCAUCCCGUACAUCGUGACGAACGACGGGCGCACGAUCCGGUACCCCGACCCGGUGAUCAAGGUGAACGACACGGUGAAGAUCGACCUGGAAACCGGCAAGGUCGUCGAGCACAUCCGCUUCGACAUCGGCAACAUCUGCAUGGUCACCGGCGGGCGCAACAGGGGGCGCGUGGGCGUGAUGGAGCACCGGGAGCGGCACAAGGGCAGCUUUGACAUCUGCCACGUGAAGGACGCGGCGGGCCACCAGUUCGCCACGCGCCUCACCAACGUCUUCCUGGUGGGGCAGGGCGCCAAGCCCUGGGUCUCGCUGCCCAAGGGCCGCGGCAUCAAGCUCUCCAUUGUCGACGAAAUGCGCAAGGCGCGCGCCGCCGCCAAGACCGCUGCUUGAACCAUGAGCAGGGGCUCUUGAGGCUGUGUCAGGGCUUGGUUGCUUGGGCUCGGGCCAAGUAGGGAAUACGUGAUGCUUCGUGUGGCGCGUGCAAUACAAGCUGUUCUGGGUGUAUUGGCAAUAGUUGCAAUGUUUCUAGAGUUUCUUUCUGAAUGGAAAGGUGUUCACGACGAUUAUCUGAAGGGAAUGUGUGCCUUGCCUUGUGUUGGUGUUCACAAGGCCUCUACGUUGCAUUCUCUCCCUAGCGUGGUUCGCACCCCAAGCUUGCUUCGGUAUAGAACGUAUCACGGACGUAACUUCUGAAAUGUAUUUUCAAUGGAUCUAACAUUGCAAUCGGAUUCUCGUGUGUCAUAAAAUAGGGUAUAGAAUUCUGUUUGUUUUGAUGAGGACUUUUAGCGCCGCCCUCUGUGUGCUUCAACAGGCAGGCACGCCAUCAGGCUUAGACAUUUCUUGUAUAUAGAAGAAGAAUAUAUUAUCAAACAUGUAUUUGUUAUACCGUAAUCCCCCGGAUAUAACACCCGCCGGAAUAAAGCACCCAGUGGUGUUAUAUCCGGGGUGGGUGUUCUAUUGACGAACCCUUAAUUGUACACCCACCUUUUGAGGAACCUGGUAUAGCACCCACCCCAUUGCUUUUGCCUAUUUUUCAAUUUGCGGAGUACUACAAUAUUAAUGUAAGUUUAGGCACCAUCAA